AUGCCUGCACCAGCAUCACGACGUUCAUUAGCUGCACGACGAUGUACAAGAAAACUUUCGGAAUUAGAUGAUGAUAUUGAUGAUAAAGAAAAUUCUCUUAAUGAUAGUCUUACAGGACGACGACGAUCACGUAUAUUAAAUAAUUCAUUGAAUGGUAUUGAUGAACCAAUUCAAACACCAAAACAAUUAGUUGAUUUAUAUCAAAAAACACUUGAAUUAGCAACACAAGGAAAAAUAAAUAUUAAAAAUGCAUUUAAUAUUCCACUUGUUGAACGUUUACCACAAAUUUUAAAUGUUAUUGCACUUGAUGAUAAAGAUAAUCAUAAUUUAGGACCAAAUUUUGUUAAAGCUGGUUCAGUUAUUGAUACAAGUGCUAAAAUUUAUGGUUUUCGUGUUGAUGCAUUACAUACAGAAACUCAAAAAUUAAGUGGUAAUAUUUUAAAUACUGACGAAGAAGAAUUACCUAAUGGAACAAUUAAAGAAGAAGGUCGAACUGAUAUUGAUAGUGAAAAUAUUCAUUGUGAAGAAGGUGAAAUAAAAAAACCAGUACGUCGUAAUAAAGCUAAAACAACAACAACAUUUAUUUUAACUGAUUUAUCAAAAAUUACACUUGAACAUGAAUUUCAAUUUCGUCCAUUACAAUCACCACAUAUAUGUCAAUGGCGUGGAGGUAUUGGUGCUGAUUCUAUAUAUGCUGAAAUGGUAUCAAAUACAAUGUAUUCAUCAAGUGAUUAUCCACUUAUUGAUGGUUUUACAAAUGUAAAUAUUCAAAUUGAUGAACAAGAAACAAAAAUUAAUAAUAUUCUUGAUAAUACAAUAAAUCAUAUGAUUGAUUUAAUAUUAUUACGUAGUGUUAUUAAAAUAAAUGAAGGACAUGAUCAUGUUCUUGGAAAUUCAACAUUACGUGAAUUUGUAUUUAAUGAAAUUCCAAGUAAUUCAUUUAUUGAUACAAUACAUGAAAGUUGUCUUGUACAAAUGGAUGAAAGUAUUAAUAAAUCUUGUAUAACUAAUGAUGAUAUUGAUAAUAAUAAUUAUGAUGAUGGAUAUAAUCAUGAAGAAUUAAUUCAUGCUGCUAUUGAAGAUCUUAAUGAUGAUCCAUCACAUGCAAAUGAAGUUUUUAAAAAUGCAUUAAAUGAAUUAAGUAAUCCAGAACCAUCAACUAUGUAUUCAAAUUUAGGUAAUUUUCAAUCACAACAAUCAAUAAAUUCAAAUCUUCCAUUAUCAUCAUCAUUUAUGAGUACAAUGUCAUUUGUUGAUCAAAUGCCAAAUUUAUUAAAUUCAAAAGAUGGUCAAUCUGAAUAUUCAUAUUUUGAUGCAACUAAACUUAAAUUAUUUGCUGGACCUAAUAUAUGGAAAUUUACUAAUUUACUUAAUAUAACUCAACCAAUAACAAAUACAUCAAUUGUUCAACAUCAACAAGCACCAGUAACACCACAUAAAAUUACUGGUAUAAUAAGAGAAGGUCCAAAACGAAAUAUUCGUAUUGAUAUAUUUAAUCAAAUAUCUAUUGAACAAAUUAUGUUAAAUUAUAAUAAUAAUAAUGGUCGAGAUAAAAAAUCUAUUAGUACAAGUCAAAGUUCACUAUUAUUACGUAUACGUGAAAAAAGUUUAAAUCAAAUGCAAUUAGCUCGAAAAAUACGUCCAUUAAAUGAUUUAACUAAUUUUUAUAAUUUUCCUAAUUUAAAUAUUGAAUAUUUAAAUUUAAUUAAUCAACGAAAAGUAUUACAACAACAACAAAAACAACAUUAUUAUGAUCAAGAUGAUUAUGAUCAUGAUGAUAAUCAUCAUAUUGAUGAUGAAAACGGUCCAUUAUCCGAAAUUAAUUAUGAUUUUAUUCGUCCAAUUCAUUAUGAAAAAAUUGAAUUUGCUAAAGGUUCAUCAUCAGUUAAUGCUAAAAUUCUUAAACGUCAAAUGAUUGAAGAAUUUACACGUCAAAAAAUUGAACAACAACGUACAUUAUCACUUGAUAUAAGUACAUCAAGUCAACAAUCAUCAAUAUCAUCAUCAUCUCAAACCCACCAACAACAACAACCAAUUGUUGAAUUUUCAAUUCUAUGUGAAAAUUUAGUUGAUCAUGGUUAUUUAUCAUUACAAACAGAUUUAGCAUCAGCAUUUUAUUGUAUGUUAAUUAAUUGUAAUGAAAAUAAAUUAUAUAUGAAAAAUAAUUCAAAACGUGAUGAUUUAUUUAUACAAGAACAUCCAUUUAUUGAUCAACGUGAUAUUUCAACAUUAUCAUAUUCAUAUACAAGUCAUUCAAAUUUAUCUAUUACAAAUUAA